AUGGCAAAAGCAUACACACAGGAUGAAUUUGACAGUCUAAUGGAGAAGGUGGAGAAGGUAGAUAUUAGGGUGAAAGAAUACUUGGAGUUAACUGGAUACGAAAAGUGGGCUAGAUUGUAUGCACCUGUUAACAGGGGAUGGACCAUGACGUCAAAUAUUACUGAGUCAACCAAUGCCGCACUUGUGUCAGCAAGGGAAUUGACAAUAUACGACUUCGUCGAAGAAGUUAGGAAGAAGUUUGGACGUUGGAAUUGCAGCAAUCGGAAAGAAGCUUCACAAACAUACACAACGCUUGGAAAAAAAUACCAGGAUAUGAUUACCUUGAAUGAGGCAAUGUCUACACGCAUUACUGUGGUGCCAUCGACUGAAUACUUGCAUACGGCGAACGAUGAAGGAAGGCAUUAUACCGUGUGCCUCUUAGAGAGAAAAUGCAGUUGUGGGCGGUUCCAAGUUGAUGAAUUACCAUGCCAACACGCUUGGGCUGUCUUGAAGAGCAAGUUUAUAAUGCCAGAAGAUUAUUGCUCUGACUAUUACAAACUAAAGUCUGUUGUAAUGACAUAUGAGGUGCCCGCGUAUCCGCUGCCGGACCGAAAUGAAUGGAAUAUACCAGCACAUAUAUCAGAGAAAGUUGUCUUACCACCCAAAUGGAAAAGACCUCCUGGAAUACCAAAGAAGAAGCGCGAUAAGCCAUCAGUGAAUACACCCUGA